AGUAUAAGCAGGACCGCGACCUGAGACACGGAUUCAAAAACUAGUAGCUUAAACAGAUAAACAAGUAAUCCAAGCAGCUGCGACCACUACAGGAAGUAGAGUCGCCCCGUCUACUGCUACAAGGACGCUACAAAAAGCCAAAGAUUCUUCUGGCUGUAGAGGCCGCCACCAGAAGUUGAAAAAGUUUCUACAUCAAAAUCGGCUUUUGUUUACUCUACGUUUACCGACACCCCACGGGGCAACACUUGACUUCGGUUCACAAGGCAAAUUUUGACUUUCAAUUUACGAAGGCCGACCGGAACACGAUGACGAUGCACAGUCCACGCUGCGGGGCGCUCUUGCGCAUGUUAUUGGUGCUCCUGCAGUACGGUGCACUCGCAAGCGCGACCACGAUUACCUUCGAAGCAGGUGGGGCUGUUGCGUCGUCCCAGAAGAGCUUCAACUUUGAAUCCGGAACGAUGCAAGAAGUAUACGACUGGUUGUGCGAAGAAGCGGACAAUGACAAACGGAUAGGCAGUACGAAGCGGAAGAGCUACUACAUGCGGUACCGUUUAUUUCUCGGAACAGCCACCAUCACCCAUCAUUGCUCAGCAAAAGUUUUGCUGAGCACUGAUCGUGGCUGUGUACCGUGGAUGACAAUUCAGUAUCUGAGUAUCUUCGAUUACAGUAUGAGUGUUGCUUUCGUUUUUCGGGCUCGUGAUCUAUUUUCAGCCAGUAGCGUUUGUUGUAUUCUACUUUUCUGAUGGUACAGAAAUGAUACAUAUCUUUGCAACGCAGGGCUUCGAUCAGGGGCCAGCCGUUUUUAUUCGAUCAUCAGACUGGGAAGUUUUACAGCAUUAGGACCGACUUGAGCCGCACGAUCCAAAGCCACAUGAGCUCACACCUGGGGCUGUCGCGAGUGGUGGAGAAGUGGCAAAGGGAAGGAGAACUCGUGCGCGUCGUUGUGUACUUCACAUACUUACUUCCGAUAUUUGAUCGUCGUAUGUAAAUGCACAGGAGCAUCAAGCUGUAUUCAGGUGACCGGCAUUUUCUGUUGCACAAUUCAAGGAGUUUUCAACGAAAGUGGUGUGUCUCUAGCUGCAGGUAGUACAAGGAGGUCCCAGGCAUCGGAAAAAGUCAGAGUCGCACAGGUUUUCAUCUUGGGCCGACUGCGGGGUGGUGGUGCAUCAGCUCUACAAUCCUCUUCUACCUAUCUUCAAAUACAGGAACUUCGACAACGCUCGAGAGAUUACCUUCCAAGCAGGUGGAUAUUUUGCGUCCCAGAGAAGCUUCAACUUCGAAUCCGACACGAUGCAAAAGGUGUACAACUGGUUGUGCGAAGAAGCGGACAAAGCAAUGGGCAGUAACACGAAGCGGACGAGCUACUACAUGCGGUACCGUUUAUUUCUCGGAACAGCCACCAUCACGCAUCAGCCCUCAGCAAAAGUUUUGCUGAGCACUGACUGUGGCUGUGUGCCGUGGAUAAAAAUUCAGUAUCUGAGUAUCUUCGUUGACAGCAUGAGUGUUGCUUUCAUCGUUUUUUGGGCUCGUGAUCUAUUUUCAGCCAGUAGCGAGUGUCUUGUUGUACUUUUCUGAUGGUACAGAAAUGGCAAUAUAUAAAUAUUUUUGCAACUACGCAGGGCUUCGAUCGCGGGCCAGGAUUUUUUACUCGAUCAUCAGACUGGGAAGUUUUCCAGCAUUAGGACCGACUUGAGCCGCACGAUCCAAAGCCACAUGAACUCACACCCGGGGCUGUCGCGAGUGGUGGAGAAGUGGCAAAGCCAAGGAAAACUCGCCCCCGUGAUGGUGUACUUCGCAUACUUGCUUCCUCUAUCUGAUUGUCGUAUGUAAAUGCACAGGAGCAUCAAGCUGUAUUCAGGUGACCGGCAUUUAUUUUUGUUGCACAACCAUAAGGAGUUUUCAACGCAGGUGGUGUAUCUCUAGCUGCAGGUAGUAGAAGGAGGUCCUAGCGGGCAUCGGAAAAAGUAAGAGUCACAUAGGUGUAAUUCAUCUUGGGCCUACUGCGAGUUGGUGGUGCAUGAGCUCUACAAUCCUCUUCUACAUAUCUUCAAAUACAGGAGCUUCCACGACAUAGACGCUAUGUCGUCGCCUUAGAGGAACUUCGACGAUGGGAACUUCGACGAUGGGAACUUCGACUACAACUACGUGGAAGCGACGGAGAUUAGCCGCCAGGGCAGAGAUCUCGGGGAGAAAGUUGCACAACAGCGCGCAGGGGUGAGGAGAACCGACUGAAAUCUUGUAGCAAGGCAGUGCCGUCAGAUGCUGCCGAUUUCCAACAGUAGAGGGCUCUCCCUAGAAGUGGGUGACGCGACGCAUAACGCGACCGCUUCGAAGGGCGAGGUUGAGUGUCUCCGUGCGGAACGAAUCGGUCUUGCUAGGAGUUCGUUUCGUUUCUUCAACAAAACCCGCCGAUGCGCGAUCGAGGGAUAGUUGCUUGUAGAAGUUCAUAUCAGAGAACGAAUCAAGAGAACGGAAUUGGUGUUUUUGACUUUCAUUUUCAGCACAAAUCAUAGAAAAUGAUAGGUAAGUUGCUUUAUGAUUUUGCAUGAUUCUUGGCUCAGAUUCUCAAGAAAAUGCGCCAGAGGAAGAGGUCGUUGUUGAAUCGGACGAAGGAGGCAGCUGUAUCCGCCCCAACGUGCG